GCAGGAAGAAUACACAAUGAUCUUCAAGGUGUAGGAACAGAAGAUGAUACUGAGAGAAUGGCAGACUUUGAAAGACGAAAAGGAGGAAGAGAAGAAGAAAGAGGAAGAGGAAGAACAGGGAAAGGAAAUAGAGAAGGAGAAAGGGAAAGCAUUGGAGGGCACCCUUACCCCUUCAUCACACCAUUGUACCUAUACCACCACGACCUACAGUCACCACAACCACCACCAUCAUCACCACCACCACCACUCUCUGCACCUUCCCGUAAGAUGGAUCGAGGAAGCGGAAGCAGAAAAAUGUACUUGAUCACUGCUGCUGACUCGCCUUUCUGCUUGUUCCACCAUCGAGUGAGCGUGGUCAUGUCAUACACAAAGGAGGCUGAGACACACGGAGGUGACAUUGGCAUCUUCCACAUUACACUGGUGGGGGACUCCGGGAGCUCUGGCCGCCUGCAGCUCAACCCAGAGGAGGUGUUCUUUGAGCCAGGGCGGAUGUACACGUUCAUGAUGGGCACACAGGACUUGGGGCCGCUACGCUACGCCACCCUUGAAUGGAACUACGUCACUGCCUAUUACAGUCCCCUCAGCUGGCGCCUCCUCUCCCGCCCAGUAGUGUUCGUCAACCGCCUGCAUAUUGACUCCGUGGAGAUGCAGGAGAGUUUCGAGUUCUGCGGCCUGGACCAAGCUUUCCCCUCAGGCAGCGUGCGACGGCUGGAGUGGCGGGCUGGCUGUCCUGAACCCUCUCUUACCACCGCCUCGCUACUCGGUUCCCUUAUUAACUUCGACGUGGAGGACACACUGAACAACAACCUGUACGCCGUCAACAGUGGACUUACAAGCUUAGGCAACGGUCAACUUCUUAGCAACCUCGCCACUUCCGCUGACCAAGUAGCGAGAGAGGUGAUGGAAGGUGCCAGGAGAAGAAUGAGUGUGGGGUGGAGGAGAAAAGGAGUGGGGUUGAGGGGGGAGUGGAGGCCUAAUAUGAGGUUAUGGUGGAGUAGAUUGAGGGGACGUGGGAAGAAGUGAGAGAGAGAGAGUGAAUGAAUAAGGGGAUAGAGGAAUGAAUGAAGGAGGGAA